AUGGGAGCUGACGGAAUUGAUGCAGGGCGUCUCAACGAGUACCAGGUCAUCGGGCGCCAUCUGCCCACCGAGGCAAACCCCACGCCCAAGCUGUACCGCAUGCGCAUCUUCGCGCCCAACCCCGUCGUGGCUAAGUCGCGGUUCUGGUACUUCCUGACGAAGCUCAAGAAGAUCAAGAAGGCCAACGGUGAGAUCGUCAGCCUCAAUGUGAUCCACGAGAAGCGCCCCCUGAAGAUCAAGAACUAUGGCAUCUGGCUUCGUUACGACUCUCGCUCCGGCACCCACAACAUGUACAAGGAGUUCCGUGAGCUGUCCCGAACCGACGCCGUUGAGGCUCUGUACCAGGACAUGGCUGCUCGUCACCGUGCCCGAUUUGGCUCCAUUCACAUUCUCCGCGUUGCUGAGAUCGACAAGGAGAACAUCCGCCGUCCUUACCUCAAGCAGCUCGUUGCCAAGAACCUCAAGUUCCCUCUCCCUCACCGUGCCGCCAAGCUGCCCGGGAAGAAGGUCUUCGCUUACUCGAGACCGUCCACCUUCGCAUAA